CAACCUCUCUUGGAAAAAUGCGAAUGGCCAUUGAAAGAAGAAGCUGUGAAAGGGAGGAAUUUCAACAAAUUACUGAGGAAAAAGGCAAGAAAAUAUACAAACGAGCUUUGUGUGUGCUUUGGCAAGUGCAUAACUCCUUCCCACACAAAGCCAACAGUGACCAAAGCCAGCCUGCUGCACGAACCACACAACAGGCAACACAGUCAACAAAUAAAAACAAGCAGCACAGUUUAGAUGAUGAGCAGCAGAACGGACACGGACGGUUCCUCAAUCAGAUUCAGCGAUCACACACUGGACAAGGCCACCAAGGCCAAGGUGACGUUGGAGAAUUACUACAGUAACUUGGUGACACAAUACGGCGAGCGUAAGCAGCGCCUGGCUAAAUUGGAGGCCCAGCUGAAGGACGAAAGUCUAACAGAGUCGCAACGUCAGGAGAAACGCUUACAGCAUGCGCAAAAAGAGACGGAAUAUUUGCGUCUCAAGCGAUUACGUCUGGGUGUCGAGGAUUUUGAGGCGUUGAAAGUCAUCGGGCGCGGUGCAUUCGGUGAGGUGCGAUUGGUGCAAAAAAAGGACACGGGACAUGUCUACGCUAUGAAAGUGCUCCGCAAGGCCGAUAUGCUCGAGAAAGAACAAGUGGCGCAUGUACGGGCCGAGCGUGAUGUUCUUGUGGAGGCCGAUCAUCAGUGGGUGGUCAAGAUGUACUAUAGUUUUCAGGAUCAGGUCAAUUUAUAUUUGAUAAUGGAGUUCUUGCCUGGCGGGGACAUGAUGACGCUGUUGAUGAAAAAGGACACACUAUCCGAAGAGGGCACACAGUUCUACAUCAGCGAGACGGCGCUGGCGAUCGACUCGAUACACAAACUCGGUUUCAUACACAGGGACAUUAAGCCUGACAAUUUGCUGCUCGAUGCUCGAGGGCAUCUCAAGCUCUCCGAUUUUGGACUAUGCACUGGUCUGAAGAAGUCACAUCGAACAGACUUUUAUCGGGACUUGUCGCAAGCGAAACCAUCAGAUUUCAUUGGCACGUGUGCAAGUCCCAUGGAUUCAAAGAGGCGGGCCGAGUCGUGGAAACGGAAUAGACGUGCCCUUGCCUACAGCACAGUUGGAACGCCGGAUUACAUUGCACCCGAAGUAUUUCUGCAGACUGGAUAUGGACCAGCCUGCGAUUGGUGGUCGCUGGGCGUCAUCAUGUACGAAAUGCUAAUGGGCUAUCCACCAUUCUGCUCAGAUAAUCCGCAGGACACCUACCGCAAGGUGAUGAACUGGCGCGAGACCCUUAUCUUUCCCCCAGAAAUCCCCAUAUCGGAGGAGGCAAAGGAGACGAUCAUCAAAUUCUGCUGUGAGGCGGAUCGCCGGUUGGGCUCGCAGCGUGGACUGGAGGACCUGAAGUCGGUGCCGUUCUUCCGCGGCGUCGACUGGGAGCAUAUACGGGAGCGACCAGCGGCCAUACCCGUUGAGGUGCGCUCCAUUGAUGAUACGUCCAAUUUCGAUGAAUUUCCUGAUGUCUCGCUGGAGAUACCAUCAGCGCCUAUACCGCAGGGCGGUGAGAUUGCCAAGGAUUGGGUCUUUAUCAACUACACGUACAAGCGAUUCGAGGUGCGAAAUUUGGAGUGAAUCAGGACUCGUAGCAAAAGCAGGAGAAGGAGCAGAAGCAGUAGCAUCUUCGAGGUUGCCGCACUUUGCCACCCAUACUCGUAUUUUCACCACCAUAGCCGUCGUCGCCGUCGCCGUCUCUCUAACACCAUCACCACCAAGAGCAAGAGCAUUCUCCACGCUAAACAAAAACUUAAUUUUCCUUUUUGAAUAUCUUACCUACAUGUGUAUUUAAAUACUAGCUAACAUUUGUGAUUCCAAACGAAGAGAAAAGUGAAGAUAGCGAGAUCUAACGAUUGUGUGUUGUAUGUAAAAAUGUUUUGCUUAAAGCGCCACCUGCGCCACCCUCCUUCCCCCUCCACCCAGCUGUGGGGCAGAGGGCAUCUCUCAAAUUAAGUUAAAUACUAUACUAAUCCUCCCAUGUCCUUCCAUUGGCCUUGUUCACCCACAAGCCUAACCGUUUGAACGUUGCGUUUCUAAACAAAAAGCAAAAGUAGAUGUUUGAGCCACUUAGGGACCCAUUUGGCAAUUCUUUACACCUAUUAUUUACUUUACUUCGUUGGGCAGCAGAAAAAUACCCAUCAACUUUUUUAUUUAGCCAAUUGAGAAAUGUUAUAAAUUUUAGGCACGUUAUUUAUACAUACCUACGUACAUAUAUGUUUUGUAUCAAUUUCUAAUGAGCCGAAAACACUUUAUAAUUAUUAAACCAUGCAAAACCACAAA